AAAACAUUAAAUAUGGCUGAAUAGGAAGAAUAUUCUUAAUGUUAGGGUCUUGGUUAUACCUUGAUCAAACAUUCAAAGUCCGAGAUUAGAAAGAUUUCUGAUCCUAUUUAUGAUUUUAUUUAUUUUGACCAUGCAAUUUGGAAAGUGAUAGACAAUCCAGUUUAUUAAAGAUUGCGAAACAUCAAACAGUUAGGCACAACAAGUUGGGUAUUUUAGGGAGCGAAUCAUACAAGAUUUGAACAUUGUUUGGGAGUAGGACAUUUGGCAUAAUAAUUCAUUACUUCGAUCUAUAAAAACCAACCCUACUUGGAUGGUGAAGAGGAUAAAAGGAGAAAUAUAAAAUUGGUUACAAUAGCUGGAAUUGUUCAUGAUCUGGGUCAUGGUCCAUUUAGUCAUAUGUUCGAUAAUCUAUUGAUACCCAAACUUACUAAUUCUUCGGAAUUGUGGUGUCAUGAAUAGGCCUCAGAAAUGCUGUUCAACUACAUGUAUGAUAAAUACUCGUUGGGCUUGGAAAAAGAUGAGGUCAACUUUAUUAAUGCUCUUGUUCAUGGAGACAACAAUAAAGUUUCUAACGGAAAGAAGCAAUGGUUUUAUGAUAUUGUUUCUAAUAAGAGAAAUGGCAUCGAUGUAGACAGAGUUGAUUACAUUCGUAGAGAUUGCCAUCAUCUGGGACAACCACCAUCUAUUAAAGAUUUUAAGUAUCUCAUGCAAGAAUCUCGAGUUAUUGAUGAUGAGAUCUGCUAUCCACAAAGAUAUGCAUUCAAUAUUUUUGACUUGUUUAAUACCAGAUACAAGCUAUUUAAAAUUGUUUAUCUCAAUAGAAUAAGCUAAUGCAUUGAAUAGAUGAUCUGUGAUAUUAUGCUAUCAGUCAAUUCCAUCUACAAGUUUGAUGAAAUUAUAUAUGAGCCUGAAAGGUACUGUAAGUUGAAUGAUUCCAUCAUUGAGCAAAUUGAUAGUGCAGAAGGACCAGAAUAUGCUAAAGCACAAGCUAUAAUUAAAAGAUUAAAAAUGAGAGAAUUGUAUAAGUUUGUGAGUGAAGCACUAGUACCCUAAUCAACAAUUUUAUAGUCAAAUGAAAAAAUAAGAGAUGAAAUGUUAGCCUACAUGCCUUCAAGUGCCUCAGUCAAUAUUGAUGAGAUUUAUGUAUCUUAAGGUAAGGUUGGUUUUGGAUCUAACAAUGAAAAUCCUAUUAAUCUAGUUCAUUUCUAUAAGGGAUCAGAUCAGGACCUUAAAAUUCAAGGGAAUGAUACAACUACAAGUUUCUGUUUGCCAAAAUAGUUCUCUGAGAAAUUUAUUAGAGUCUUUGUUUCAAACGUUUAAAUAAUAUAACCUGUUGAGAAGGCUUUUGAAUUGUAUUGUAAAAACAAACUUGGAUUUUCUCCAAUAAAUCAGGAUCGAUAUUAAACACCUUAAAAGGCUCCGGUUGUUACAGACUUUUCUUAAGUCAAAUUAACGUGAGCACUGAUUUGCAU